UCACUCGCAGCACUCAGUUGAUUUCGGGCCGGCAGCAAGUGCGGGCGGUCGUUCUCUCGGUCGGCGCGGCGGAAGCGCACUCACACACUCACAUCUCCACUCGCAGCCACAGAGUCCAAGGGCUCGCAGCCACCGCAGCCCUGAGACAGCCGAGCCGCCAGGGCAACGCAGCCGCAAACCCAUCGGUUGCUGGGCGAAGGACAGGUGGAGAGAAGAGACUUCUAGAGGGCCUGGGUGCGAUGACGUGAGGCGGGCGCACACUUACCGCAGCCAUGCUGUCAUACAUGCUGCCCGGCGAUGACAAGCCCCUGGGCUUGCCGCCCCCGCACCCCAACUCGCUGCCCGGCGACCUGACACCGGCCACCAGCGAGGAGAAGCCGUCCCCACCCGAGAGCAGCAUCUCCACGGCCAGUUCGCUCGACAAACCACGUGCCAAGUUCGCUGGAAUCAACGGCACCAAACACGCAGGGCUCAAACGAGUUUCCUUUGGCAGCUCCAAAGGAUCGAUGGUGGAGACCCUGGUGUACGAAAGUCCUCUGCAAGAGGAACCCGAAGAAUCGGCCGCUUUGUUGCCAUAUGAUUCGGAUGAAGCGGAUAACGCCGCAAAGGUCCGAGUGACUUUUUUCCAAGCCGAGAAGCCGCUGAACGUGACUUCGCCAGAGCCCAACGAGGAGCAAAUACCUCUGGAUUCUGACAUGUCAGCCACAAUAGUGACCACCCUGCCCGACGGCCACCCUGCCUUCCACCGACAAGAAAGACUAGUGGAUAGCAAAAUGAGCACGGACAGCGGUUGGGACAACCCGUUCCGUCCGGACGGCGACCUGAGUCGGGAGGCGGACGAAAUCGUGGAGAUGAUCAAAGGCGGCAAGCCGAUCACUCCGACGACGGCCACGAGCGGCCACACAUUCGACGAGGCUGACGUGGUGGCGAAGGAGGCAGCGGCCACGACGACGACGACUGCGACGACGGUGGCCGGUUCUCCGGCCAGGCCGGCAACGGCGGCGGCCAACGGAGGCAGCGGCAAGGCCAACGGGGGCGGCAGCGAGGGGGUGGAGGUGACGCACGGGCGGGUGGCGGCGGCGGAUGCGUCGCAGGUCGAGCACGUAGUGCUGAAGAAGAAGCCGCGCUGCAAGUGCUGCGUGAUCCAGUGAAAGAAAGACUGACUCGGCGGCCAGCAGGCGGCCACCUGGUGGCGGCCGCCCGCCCGAGCACGUGAGGAGGCAUUUUUAAACUCAAGAGAGAAGCUGAGCACGAGUAAAAUUAAUUCGGAAUUAAAACAAAUUUAAAGAAAAAAAGAAAGAAUGAAAAUCGAUGCUAAAAAAAAUGAAAAUACGAGAGAAAGAGAGAUUUAUUUUUUCAUGUGAGUCCCAAAUCAUAUGUGUUGUUGUUGCUUGUGAUGAAGAUGAUGAUGAUUAUGAUGCGAGUCGGACAUGCGAACAGACCGAGCACAUUUCCUCCCUGGCCGAGAGAAAGAAAGAAAGAAAGAUGGAAGCGAGAAAUUUGUACAACUUUUCACGUUCAAAGCUGGUGCUUUUCCUUUGGUUUUCGGACGCAUACAUAUAAUUCUUAUUCGAUCUGCUCGUAGUCGUAUGUGUACAUGUACCAUAACUACAUUGUGAUUCUCUUUUAUUUGACAUUCUCUCACGUCACAAGGCCUGCCACAUGUGUACAUUUUCGGUGCUGGAUUUUGGGAUAGUCCCUGGCUAAAAAAAACUAAUGCUGAACGUAGUCACUCUCGGCAGCACAACACCUUAAUUCUUUAAUUUUUAUUUUUCCUUUUAAGUUUUGUGAUAUAAAUUUCUGUUCUAGUUACGUUGUUAUAAUUCAAGUGCGACAGGGACUAUCUGAAAAUUCUUGUUGUAGCCUUAGGAGGAGGAAGCAAGGGCCGUUCACAAAAUAUUAAAAAAAAAAUAAUGAAAAGAGUAGUGUGAUGAUCGGUGCGCGAAACUUUGUGAAGAGUCCUCGAUUUUUAUCUUGUCCUGUUGUGUAUAUAUAUAUUGCUGCUGCGCUAUGAUUAUUACGACGAUGAUGAUUACUAUAAUUAUAUUGUAUUGCCUCUCAUGGUAGCGUCUUGUCUAAUUUAUUGUGUAAAAAGCGGAAAAAUCAUGUACUACUGCGUAACGAGAGCAAACAUCAUGUUCCACACUGACUUAUAUUCGACAACAGAUUAAAACUAUGAGAAGUAUAACUAAACUUGUCAAUAAAUACCACAGUACGAAAGCAA